CGGGGCGCUCGGGGCCGGGGAUGCGAGCGGCGGCGCGGGGCCAGGCUGCAGCCCGCCGCCCGGCCCGGGCCAUGGACACGCCGAGCGGCCCCGAGCGGAGACGGCCGCAGCGCGCGCCCUCGCCCGCCAGACCCGGCCUGCAGGAGCCGCCGGGCCGCGCCGCCGCGCCCGCCGCCCCCGACCGCCUCCCGCGCCGCGGCGGCUGCAAGGACAAGCCCCCGCCGGGCGCCGCCAGGGCCGCGCCGAGCCCCAGGAAGCCGCCGUCCCGGGCGGGGAAGCCUCCCGGGCCGCCCGCUGCCACCAAGACUCGGAAGGCGCCGCGCAGCCCCGCGCCCUCCGCGCCCCCCGCACCCCCCGCCGCCUCCGCCGCCCCCGCGGCCCCCGGCCCCGGCUCCCGCAGCAGCCAAGCCGACAGCAGCUCCGAUCUGUCCGACGGCCCCUCCGAGCCCCUGUCGGACGAGCAGCGCCCGCGCCCCGCCGCCGGCAGCGAUGCCCGCAGUCCCGGCCGCCCCUCGCUCCUCGCCUGCGCCUGCCCCGGCCUUCGCGGCAGCCUGGUCGGGAGCCCCCCGGGCCGAGCAGCGCCGGGACCCCCGAAGGAGCCGGCGGCCCAGGAGGAGGAGCUGCUACGGGAGGUGGAGGAGCUGCGCUCCGAGAACGACUAUCUUAAGGAUGAGCUGGAUGAACUCCGUGCUGAAAUGGAAGAGAUGAGGGACAGUUACCUGGAGGAAGACGUUUACCAGCUGCAGGAGCUGCGGCGAGAACUGGACCGUGCUAAUAAGAACUGCCGAAUCCUACAGUACCGCCUCAGGAAAGCCGAGCAGAAAAGCCUGAAAGUGGCUGAGACGGGGCAGGUGGACGGAGAGCUGAUCCGCAGCCUAGAGCAGGACCUGAAGGUAGCCAAAGAUGUAUCUGUCAGAUUGCACCAUGAACUUGAAACCGUGGAGGAAAAGCGUGCUAAAGCUGAAGAUGAAAAUGAAACUCUCCGACAGCAGAUGAUUGAAGUGGAAAUAUCCAAACAGGCCCUCCAAAAUGAACUGGAGAGGCUGAAGGAGAGUUCCCUAAAAAGAAGAGGCAGCCGAGAAGUGUAUAAAGACAAGAAAACCUUCAACCAGCAGAGUGGUGGAGUGGAGCGCCUUGGGAACUGCAGGUCUGCAACCAAAACUCAAAGGAAACUGGCACCCCGGCGCAAGGAUGACAGUGCCGAUUUGAAGUGCCAGCUACAGUUUGCCAAAGAGGAAGGAUCCCUGAUGCGCAAAAAGAUGGCCAAGCUGGGGAGGGAGAAGGACGAGCUGGAACAGGAACUCCAGAAGUACAAGGCCCUCUACGGCGAUGUGGACAGCCCACUGCCCACGGGUGAAGCCGGUGGGCCCCCCAGCACCAGGGAGGCUGAGCUGAAGCUUCGGCUGAAGCUGGUGGAGGAAGAGGCCAACAUCUUGGGGCGGAAGAUCGUGGAGCUGGAGGUGGAGAACCGAGGCCUCAAGGCCGAGAUGGAGGACCUGCGGGGUCAGUGUGAGCGGGAGGGGCCCGGCCGGGAGCACAUGGCCAGUAUUCCUACCUCACCCUUCGGGGACUCCCUGGAGUCCUCCGCGGAGCUCCGCCGACACCUGCAGUUUGUGGAGGAGGAGGCCGAGCUACUCCGGAGAUCCAUAGCAGAAAUCGAAGACCACAACCGGCAGUUGACCCAUGAGCUGAGCAAGUUCAAGUUUGGCCCGGAGCCGGGGUGGCUGGGCGACAGCGUGGGCAAGGGUGCCGCGCCGGCGCCGCUGCAGGAGGAGCUGAAGUCAGCCCGCCUGCAGAUCAGCGAGCUGAGCGGGAAAGUGCUGAAGCUGCAGUACGAGAACCGCGUGCUGCUCUCCAACGUCCAGCGCUAUGACCUGGCGGCACACCUGGGCCUGCACGGCCCCAGCCCCCGGGACAGCGACGGCGACAGCGACGCCGGCAAGAAGGAGAGCGACGGCGAGGAAGGCCGCCUGGCCCAGCCCAAGCGGGAGGGGCCGAUCGGCGGCGAGAGCGACUCGGAGGAGACGUUCGAGAAGACGUCGGGCUUCAGCAGCGGCGGCGAGCCGUGUCCCGCGGAGCUGGCGCGGGCCCGGGAGGGCUCGGAGUGCCUGGUGAGCAUCAGGCACGAGGCGGAGCGGCUGGAGCGGAGCGUGGAGCGGCUCAUCACAGACACCGCCGGCUUCGAUGCCGACGUGGGGCUGGCGGGCGGCGGCGAGUCCUCGCCGGGGCCUGACGCCCAGGGCACAGGGGGCAAGGGCGAAGGGAGCAAGAGCGAGCCCCAGCUGCUCGGGACCAUCAACGUGAGGAUGAAGGCUUUCAGGAAGGAACUUCGGGCCUUCUUGGAACAGGUGAACCGGAUCGGGGACGGCCUGUCCCCUCUGCCCCAGCUCUCAGAGUCUUCUAGCUUUCUCUCCACCAUGACCUCCGUGUCCCGGGACUCUCCCGUCGGGACCCUGGGGAAGGAGCUGGUCCCGGACCUGCAGUCCAAACUGAGAGAACAGAUGGAGUGGCAGCCGCUGGCUUUGGAGCAAGGCAACGAGCGGGAGCCGCUGCGCCUGCACACCUCGGGGGAGCCGCACCGCAGAGCCGAUGGGGAUUCUGGCAACUUCCGGCCGGGAAGCCAGAGCUGCUUCAACCUAGAGAUGGAGGAGGAGCAUCUUUAUGGUCUGAGGUGGAAAGAGCUGGAAAUGCACAGCCUGGCUCUGCAGAGCACCUUCCAUGAGCGGACCUGGAGUGAUGAGAAGAAUCUAAUGCAGCAGGAGCUCCGUUUCCUGAAGCAGAACAUCUUCCUUUUCUAUGUCAAACUCAGGUGGCUGCUAAAACACUGGCGGCAAGGGAAAAGAAUGGAAGAGGAAGAAGAUUUGGCUGAGGGUGAGCACCCAGAGACUCUUCCCAGGCUUGGGGAAGUUCGAGUCCAGGGGGACCUCAAGAGGGAAGGUCCAGACCAAGAGGACAAUAGUCCAGGCCUCGGAUUUCCCACAGGGGACCAUUCUCCCCACUGCCCUGUGCAGAUGGGUGAACACGGGUCAUGGCUGCAACCUGCAAAUGGUGGACAAUUCCAUGGACAGGUGGAAAACCAGCAGCUGUUCGGCGCACUCAGGAGCCUGCUGGAGGAGCUGCGGAUGGAGCUGCAGGAGGACCAGCACGCCCGGCUGCGGCUGCAGCAGCAGUACGCCGGCGACAAGGCAGCCUGGGACGUGGAGUGGGCCGUGCUCAAGUGCCGCCUGGAGCAGCUGGAGGGGAAGACUGAGAAUAACUUGGGAGAAACAGGCUCCCCCGUGGACAACAAAGGGGCAUUCAAGAAAGAGAGGGAGACCCACCAGAAGCUCCUGGCUGACAGCCAUGGCCUGGUCAUGGACCUGCGCUGGCAGAUCCACCACAGCGAGAAGAACUGGAACCGGGAGAAGGUGGAACUUCUCGACCGCCUCGACAGAGAUCGGCAGGAGUGGGAGCAGCAGAAGAAGGAGUUUUUGUGGAAAAUAGAGCAGUUGCAGAAAGAAAAUAAUUCUCGGAGAAAUGGCGCUUUCCUCUGUGACCAAAAAGAAGGCAACAUUCACCCCUUUGCCCACUCAGGAAGCCCCCGAGUGCCCCGCCCCAUGGCUAUGUGGUCAUGUGCAGAUGCCGACUCCACUGCGUUUGAAGACCGUCCACUGUCCAAGCUGAAGGAAUCGGACAGGUGCUCUGCACGGGAGAACCUCUACCUGGACGCCCUGUCCCUGGACAGCGAGGAUCCAGAGGAGCCUCCGGCACGAGGGCCCCACAAGGAUUUUAGGAACUGCCUCCCUGAGGAAGAAGAACAUCACAAGGGAAAUCUUCAAAGGGCUGUGUCUGUGUCCUCCAUGUCCGAGUUCCAGCGCCUGAUGGACGUCUCUCCCUUCCUGCCGGAGACCGGUCGGCCGGCGAGCAGCAGCAGAGAGGACAUUACUCCUCCCCUGUCCCCCGAUGACCUCAAGUACAUCGAGGAGUUCCAGCCCAGGGCCUGGGGCGAGAGGACCGCUCGGGGGGAGGCGGGGCGUGAGAGCAGCGCAGACGCCACCUGGUACCUCACCACGAGCAUCACCAUGACCACGGACACCAUGACCAGCCCGGAGCACUGCCAGAGGCCCGCGCUGCGGAGCCACGUCCGCGCCGAGCCGUCGGGGGUGCGAGUGCUGCACAGCCCGCCCGCCGUGCGCAGGGUGGACAGCGUGGCGGGCCCUCCGGAGCCGGCCCCAGGCAGGGCGCAGGGCAACCCCUCGGAGCAUGGGGUCGGCCGCUGGCCCGGCACCCCCCGCAGACAGCCCCGGGACGGGCCCCGCUGCGCCCCGCUAGCCUUCGCUGCACCCCUGCACGGCCUGCAGAUGUCCAGGAACCUGAGUGACGACAUGAAGGAGGUGGCCUUCUCGGCCAGGCCGCAGCGCAGGGACACGGCGUGCCAGACGGCAGGGCCGCCAGCGGCGCGCGUCAGCGUGGGGCUGCAGACCGAGGCAGCGCGGGGCAGCGCGGCCAGACCGGGGCCCGGGAACACGCCCGCCUCAUCCCCGUCGCGGGGGCCCAGGGCCCGGCCGCCGGCGCCCAGCGACAAGGGGUCAGCCAGGUUCGAGCGCGCCUGCUGCUCCCCGAAGCUGCCGCGGAGGCCGCCGCCCAGGGCCGAGCCAGCCGCCAGGACCACGCAGGGCUCGGCCUGGGCGCGCUCCACCACCACGCGCGAGAGCCCGGUGCACUCGGCCAUCGGUGAUGGCCUCUCCAGCCUCUUCACCAUCGUCGGGCCCAGCCCCGAGCCCUUCCCGAAGGGCGCGCGCAACGCCUGCCGCUCGCGCUCGGCCGAGCCCCGCGCGCAGCCCAGCCCCGACGCCGGCUCCCGGGGCCGCUCGCCCAGCCCCCGGGGCCCCGGCCCAGACCCGCGGGAGGACGGCGGGGAGGCCGCGCCCGUGCGCCAGGACCUGUCAGCGCCGCCCGGCUACACGCUGGCCGAGAACGUGGCUCGCAUCCUCAAUAAGAAGCUGUUGGAGCAUGCCUUAAGGGAGGAGCGCAGACAGGGCCCCCACGGCGUCCCGGGUCUGAACAGUGACAGCCACACCGCAGAAACGGCUAGAGCCGAGCCAGGGUCCAUGGAGGAACUACCUUGUUCCGCACUAGCUCCUUCCCUAGAACCCUGCUUCUCCAGGCCCGGAAGACCAGCAAACCGCCGCCCUCCGUCCCGUUGGGCCCCACAUUCCCCCACUGCCUCACUGGUUCCGCUCCCUGGAGACCCGGCUUUGCUGGAGGAACAGGGCGAUGAGGAGCCGCCUGGGGAGAAGCCCCACCUGUGACGUGAUGCAAGUUUGCAUGGAUUGUCACGGAAUAAUUCACUGAUUUGCAAACCCGACACCAUCGUCAUCAACCAAAUGCUGCCCCAAAGGAGAGAUCUAGUUUCCUAAGGUCAAAGAAUGUUUGAACACACACACACACACACACACACACACACACACACACAGCUGCUGAAUGUUCAACCUGUGAAACUGAGAUGUUUCUAGAAUGAAACAGUAAACGUGCCUGUAAUAACUUAAUUUUUUCAUAACUCAGAAAACUAUUUUUGUCUCCAUCUUUUUUAUGCACAAUAUAUUAAACAAUAAAGGGUAAAUAAGAUAUAAAUAAAUUUAAGAUAUAAACGUUUUCAAGAUCUACCUUUUAAGAGAUUCUGAACUCUCGCACUCCCGAGACGGACUGCCUCUCCUCCAUUUGCACUUUCCCGUUUUGCUUUGGUUUCUUUCCACAUUGAGGUUGAGUGUUUUAAGUUCCUUUCAUUUGGUCAAUGUUGCUAUUCUCUGAAGACUCUUUGAAAGGCUCAUGACUGUCUGAGCCGAUGAACUCUUUGGAGUGGAAAGCCAUGAAGCCAGUAGACAUGACAGAUGCCCUCUGGACUGAAGGGGACAAGCCAGGAUGCUUUUGAAGGUAUAGCGUCCUCAGCCGGGCUGACAGAAUCCGCUGCAUAAUCCACGUAUCCUACUCGACCUGCACGUCCUCGGGUCCGAAGCACCGCGGUGCAUGUACAUGCUGCUACCAUGUUCUCCCAUAGCCUCCUUGUGUCUGUCUGCUGUAGGAUGUUUUAACCCCCUUGUCCUGCACUUUCACUGUUGUCUUCUAGCAUUGAUGAUUCUACCACCAUGGCAUUUUUUUAAGUUAUUGUUAAAGAAUUAAUUGGCAAUAUACAGUGUUUACUCGGAAAUUUUCUUGUUUAAGGACAAACACUACAAAAUGUGAGGAUACCAAAUUGAAAGAAAGAAUGGUGCCUCAGAGUCUGUACAGGACGAUGACAAAGUAGAAAUAAAGUCUUUACGAGAUGGCA